UCCAUCGCCGCCAUUGUUGUUUGUUUGUUUAUUUGUGGCGUACUUUCAAUCAAUAGUUUUAAAAGUUUUCUACGAAGUUUGAGUGAAAAUUUGACCAGGAAAAGUAUAAUUCCUUUACUUUACAUUCUAUCGGCAAUAUGCUGGAUGGGUGGUACUGUCGUUCAAUGAACGAGCAAGCACUUCAACAGCAACAGCUGCAACAACAACAUCCACACCCGUCCCAAUCGCAGGGAAGAAAUUCGCUGGACGGUGACGAUCUGGGCGACCGUGACGGAGGAGAUAGCUCCGGACAGGAUGAUGAUAGCGACGAGGACAUUAUUCCGACCCGACGGAACGUCGACUACAAGGCACAGUACAACACCCUCAAGAAGAAGUUGAAAUAUCUACUCUAUGAGAAUGAAUUCUUUCAAGAGAAUUUGCGUACUAGUCAGCGUCGACUGCUGAAGGUUACUCGGGAUAGAUCAUUCCUGUUGGACCGGCUGUUGCAGUACGAGAAAACCGAUCUCACAUCUUCGGAGAGCGAAGACACCGAAUCGUCGGAUGAUUCGUCUAAAAUGGAACCGACGCCAACGGUUGGCCGGAAGCGUAAGAACGAAGCGUCCGGUUCGAAUAACACUUCUCUUGUCAAAAAUCCUCCCAAGCGGAGAAAACCGGGCCCAAAGAAGCAGAUCCCACCGCAGGUGGCAUUGCAACAGCAAGCGAUUCUCCAACAGCAGCGGCAGAACCAAGCGCAGAUUAUGGCCCAACUUCAGGCCCAAUCGACGGCAUUCCAUCAACAGCAUCAGAUCGUUAACAACCAUCAACAUCAUCACCAUCAACAGCAGCAGCAGCAACAACAACUGCAGGAAGGCCAUCUGACGACGGAGGAAGUUGUGCGACACCUACAGUCGCGAGCCCAAUCGAUGCUGGAGGUGGUCCCCGAGGGUGAACUCCCUAACGAGAUGUUUAGCCAGAAUCCAUCGAGCGAAUCAAACGACCAGAUGGUGGACACCUCGCCGAGCAACAUCGGGGAGGAGUGUCUGUCGGUCGAUCUGAACAUGAUGCAGCAGGAGUGACCGGGGGGUGAGUGAGCGAGUCAUGACGAACCGGGCGGGAAUCGUUUGCGUAGGGGUAGCAGUGUGCUAUAUGAUGGUAGAUUCGACAAUUAAAUUGUAAUUCAAUGGAACGAAA